AUGGCAACUUGGAAGGUUCUUCCUUCAAAUGCGGAUCGCGGUACCAAACCUUCCAUCCUCGUCAUCGCGCUCCAACUUCAACUGGCGUUUUCUGCAACUUGCAAUUACCACCACUGUGCUGGCACUCAUACGCCACUUCCCUUUUACGCAACCACACGAAGCGACUUUCCUGCAAGACUCGACAUGUCUUCCUACUCUCACAGCAGAGAAGAGGGCCGCGACCCAAGAGGUGAUGAAUCACAAUACUCUAGCUACGGCGACGACAACGUAGCCCCUCGCCUUCGACGAGGCCUCAACCAUGCACAGAGAACAAGUCUCCAACUUCUUGACGCGCAAAAGGAAUCGAGUGAGCGCAUCCGUGAGCUCGAAGACAACAACCACAGCCUUCAGGAAGAAGUCGCAAAUAUGCGUGCCCAACUUUCGUUUGCCACUGGUACAAUCAUCAAUGAAAUCCAAGACAAGGUCGACACUGCUACGUUCGCAGGAUCCACGGUACACUCGCUCAAGAAGCAAGUGGCCGAUCAAACCGACACUAUCCAGCAAUUAAAGACCUACAACAAGAGGCUGAUCACUGAGAUCGUGCGACUCAAUAGCCAGAGCAAGAAAAAGAGAAAGUCCUCCAAAUCCUCAAAGAUAAAGAAAGAAAAGCCUGAUCACCACGUUGAACCUUUCGAUGCCGAUGCAGCAGCCACCACCCCCUCUCCUAUCACUGCCACUGCCCAGGCUCCAGCUCAUGAACCGUCAGCGCAGGUAUGUGAACCAUACGUGAUUACAGAUGUCAUGCGAGAGCGUCUGAUUGAAGACGGGCACCUUACUUUGAGUGUGAUGGCCCAGUUCCAACAGGCUCUUUCCAAGAGAAACAACGAAGGGAAGAACCUGUUUGAGUUUAUUCAUCAAGGCAGGACCGGUCGCUACUAUUGUUUUCACGAAGUUUGCGAAAAGGGGCCUCGUGCUUCGGUUGAGCAGCGCUUGGCUAAUGGUGGAUGCAAACUCGGAAGUGACAAAUGCAACUUUUUGGUUAAGGCGGUCAGUGUUGGGUCUCAUAGGAAGCUUCAGAUCUACAAUCCUGCUUGA